AUGGCAGCUCGACAUUUCAAGGCGAAUCGAGGAGUACUUGCUGUUGGGCAUGCUGCAGCACCUCAGUCGAUAUAUCAUAACACGUCACUGUAUCCUUCGAUGUUCCCAUGGUUGUUCCCAUACGGGAAAGGGGGUGUAGGUUCCAGUUCGCUUUCUGACGCCGCUCACAAAAAAUGGCUUUUAAUGUAUCAUGACAAACAUUUUCAGACCGAUGUGGGUUUCCCAUUUGUUGCUUUCAGUCAUGAGCAGGUGAAGACCAGCACUACAGGUGGGUUCCUUUUGGCUGAUAAAGACAAAUUCUUCGAGAUAUCUGAGAGGAUCCAUAGGAUCGACAAUUCCGUUCUGGAAAGCAUAUCUGACCAUAUGUCCAAAGGUCAGACAGUUGUUCCUGCUACAGAUGCAGAGAAGGACUGCUUUAAGUUAUUAAACGAUUUAGACCACAUCGCUUAUAACGUUCGGGGGUCUCUGAUGUCGAAG